UGAAGCAUGGGAAGCCAUUGGGUAAUGCGGUUUUUGGCUGAAGGCACAACAUGCAAAGAAGUUUUAAAAGCUCCAAAUUACAGAAGGUAAAACACUUCUGCAAACAAAGCUCUUCCCACGUUUCUCCUGCUAGUGAUGCAGAGACCUGGAGCUUUGUGUCUCACAUCAUGGAUCACAGGAACUGGAGUUCUGUGUUUAAGCUUCUUGCAGUUAGCAGACUCUGCGUUGGACUGUGAGCUUGGCAAGAGGUGCAUCAGGCAAAGUGAUGAAAACUUUAGCAGCUGGUAUGUGUGGUUCCUGAUGUUGUUUUUCCUGGCCUUGCUCCUGUCCUGCGGGAUCUGCUGCUGCCUGCAGUGCUGGCUGAAACGGGGGAGCUGCCUCCCCCACCGACGCACCCUGGCCGUCUUCGCACUCAGCAGUUCAGAUGCCUUUUGCGGCAAGACUGCACCAGCCUACUUGAGCCACCAGCAGCACCCUGAGGUCUGUCAGAAAGUUGUGUUGGUGAGCACCGUUCAUUGUGGUAGACACCCUCAGCAUUCCCCCAGGAACACCCAGACUUUUGAAGACUGGCCUAUAAUGACUAUGUGUAGCACCCAGCACUGACCUGGAGUAUUGCCAGUGUCAUCAGCAGGCUGGGCCAGACAACAGUCCCUCCAAGAAGAACAAAGCUAAUCCUGUCAUUAGACUAAGCGUUUCCCAGAGAAGGCAUUGCAUGCUUUCUGGGUGGUCACGAACAGUGUCUCCACAGGGAAGACCCACCCCAAACCCACCCAAAUUCCUUUGUUCUCACUUCUUGUAUCUGGAGUUUGUGGUGAGAAGCUUUGUGAUGCCGUGCUUAAAUUACAUCCAUGCCUUUCUUGUUUCCAAGUGGUUGGGCAGCUCCUCCCAGGCUCACCUCCCUCACCCCACACUUGCUCUUCAUGCCUGUCUUUGUAUGGUUAUGGCUUUGCUUUUUCCCCAGCAAGUGAAGCGCCUCAGUGCCCAUUCUCUGGAUCUCUGAGCCCCUGCACAACUGCGGAGAUGUCCUCUUCUUCUGCCCCACAGUUCAGCCUUGGGGAAACUGAGUUGCCUCCAUCCUAUGAGGAUAUCAUGAAGGAAAACAAGCUCUAGAUACCACAUGUUUGCUUUCUGUGAUUCCACUUUUUCCAUCAGAGAUCUUCCAUUAUGCUACAGUAGUGUGAGAUCAAAUCAGCCGUUUCCAUAGGCUGGCCAAGAGACUGAAAGGCAGCACAUACUUCAUCUAAACCUAAAAGGGGAGACCAAAUACAACAGAAUAAAUGCCAAAAGCAUGCAUUGAAUUUGUCACAGGAGCUGAACCUGACAUUCUGAUAGGGCUCUGGGUUUCAAGAAGCUCCCUCAGAGAUUCGUCUGUGCUCAGGGUUUCUGUCUCAGCCUCCAGAUUUAUCUCCGUAAGGCUGCUUGAGAUGGUGCAAACCUGUGUAGUUUAGGACCGAAUGUUGAUAAAUGACUUGAUAGUUGCUUCUCAAACUUGGGCUGCCUCCUUCAUUCGGCAAAGUGCCAACAAACACCCUCUGGCAAAGUCAUGUUUUUCUAAUACAUUGUAAUGCAAUCAUGCCACUCUGCGAUGAAGGAUCGUUUCCCACAUUUAAAAUAUUUAGCACAACAUAUCAGAUUUGCCUAGUGCGAAAAGCAGCAAAUUUAUAGCCAGGGAAGGGAAAGCAAAGGAUGGGGAUUAUGGGGGGAGUAGCAGCGGCAGGAGGUGGUUACAGAGCACAAAAAAAAAAAAGUGAGUUUGCUCAUUUGAGCUGUUCUUGAUUUCAUAGUGACUGUCCCCAGCUACUCUUGCCCUAGCACUGCAGACCUGCAGGCUUUAAAUUGCCUAGGACUCACAUGGCAGUUCCCUACAGACAUGAAUUAUGGAGUUAGGUAUUUGGUGCUUAGCUACAGAAAUUUACUGGGAUAAAGAAUGUAAUUUUCUUUGAGAUGACCACUGCAGACUGGAUGGAAAGAGAUUUCAAGCCAUCCAGACUGCCUUAUACCCAAGAAGGAUCAGCACUGCAUAAGCCAUUCCUAUGAGGUAUUAGCCUGCCUAAUUCUCAAAUUACUGAGGAAAGAUGCUGAAUUUCCCCCUGAGCUGGAUUCCAGAUGAAAGCAAAGGUUUCCUUUGUUUGUCAUGGGCAGGUCACUGAAGGCUGGAUUCAGCCUGCCUGGCCUCUCUACCUCUGAUCUGAUCUCUCAAUGGAAAGGGCUGGGGGCUGCAAUCAGAUCCCUCUUGGUACAGAAGGUAAAUGUCAUACCCAGUACCGUGCACCACAUGCCUAUGGAGCCAUGGGCUCAGAGUCAAAGUGGGCAGCUGGGUCUAUCUUAGGUACCACAGAAGAUUAAUGGAAGCCCACAGCCUGCCUUGUGGAGCAGCUCCCCACCUUCAGAAUGUGGUUAGUAUCGGUUCCCCUGCUCAGGAAGGAAACUGGGAAUAUAAACCCUCCAAAGGUUAUGAAGUGCUCACAUAUUUUCAUAAUGAGGCUAUACAAGUACCUUCACUAGAUAAGGAAUUACAGCAUAUUUUGAGAGACAAAUUCUCUGCCAGCACCACUGCAAAUUAUCUCCAUAAAAUCUUAUUUUAGAAACAGCUUUAAUGUUUGACUGUUGUGUGAAAGGAAAUAAAUGUUACUGUAGCAAAAUGAAUGUUUGUGCCAGCAGGCUAAAAUAUUACAGGGUUUACUAAUAAGGAAAAUUAGCAAGUACAGACUCAGCCAGCAGAGAAGUCGAGCAAUUCUUGAGUGUCCUUUCGCUGGCUGAGCUUAGUAAGAAUUGCAGGUAAUCAGCACCUCUCAGGAUCAGACCUUUUAUAUACAGAAGUGCUUCUACUACUCAACCCCUUCAAUUUAUGCCCUGAAGCAUGAGAUUUGAUUAUGUUUGUCACUUCAGCUUGCGUAACCUGCUAGUGGGCAUUAAAUCAGCCAUCACUUCCUCCCCUCCUAUACACUGCAUUUGAUUCAGUGACCCCUUGGUGGAAGUUAACUCCACAGGUUGUCUGCAUUAUAUGACGCAUAAAACAUUACCGUCUCUCGCUUAUUAAUUGCUUGGUUCUAAAUAAAUUGCUGUCUGUAAUUUCA